GGCUGUGGGGGAGGGUGGCUGGCUCCCUGGGCCUGGGAGUUUCCCCAAAGCCAAUUCAGUGUCACCAUUCUCGGAGUGACUCCUGCUGGGGAAAAUAUGCGGGGCCUGGAGACCCGCGAGCUGCUCACAUUCAGCGCCCCAAUACCUGGAGUUACUUCCCUGGGUCUGCAGUAAUUAUAAACUCCCUGUGGGUCGGCUACCUGGCUAGUGUCUCCCAUGUUUCUUCCAGAGCCGCCCCCAGAGAUGUUUGCAAAUGUCCUGAACUCCCUGGCCCAAAACACAACUGAUAAAUGCGGAGCAGUAGAUUACAGCAAAUGGCAGAGGGUAGAAGCAAAAAAGAAGAAACCUGCUUUGCCACCAAUCACAUCGCCGAGUGAGGACCGGAAAAGCGAAGGGAGCACCGCUAGCUGGCCGAAAAAAAAACAGUCAGUUACAUUCAGUCCCAGUUCAUCCUUGCCUUUGAAGACAGCAUCCUCUCUGAAUACCAGAUUUGUUCAACAGAAAACCUCAGCAAAGGAGACUGAGCUAACUAAAAGCGCAGAGAACAUCAAAAUUAUUAAAAAACUUACCAAAUCAAAGAGAAAGUCCCUAGAUGAGCUGAAGCAUCACAGCGCCACCCUUGUAGAGAGCAACAGGAAGCUGGCCCAGGACAUUCAGGAGACAGACGCCACUACUGCCAAGCAUGCCAGGGACCUGCUGCAGCAGUACGAGAUGUUUGGGACAGUCAUCUCGACCGUUCGGGACUCCAGUCAGAAUCAAGUUGGCAUAGCAAGAGCCGAACUCCAGGAAACCGAAAAAAUGGUGGAAAAGAACCUGAAGAAACUGAAACAACAGAUGGAUCACAUGAACACCAAGAUCCAAGUGCUCCAGGAAGAGCUCAAUGUUUUGCGAACAUACAUGGACAAGGAAUUCCCGGUGAAAGUCGUCCAGAUAGCCUUUAUCCUGCGCAAGGUCCGGAACCUGAAGGAAGAACAGCAGGAUGAACUGGAAGAAAUGGAAGAGCUGGCAAAAAUAGGAAUGCAGCAACUGGAAAAGAAGGUGCAAGAUGAGAAGGAGAAGAUAUUACAGGCUGUUGCGGAGGACAAGGGGUUUCUCUAUAAGGCCGGGCUGCAGCAGAUGGCUGUCAACAAUCAGAUCCUCAGGGAUGAAAUCCAAAUGCAAAAGAAGAUCAUUCGCAGUCUGCUGGAAGAAAUCACAGAGCUGCGAGCGAGCAUUAUGAGGCUUCGCUGGAGCGUGAGGGACCCCCGAGAGGUGAUCUUCGCUGACGUCCUGCUCCGCAGGCCCAAAUGCCUGCCGGACACAGAGAUUGUUCUCAAUAUCCCCUUAGAGGAGGAGUUUUUCCUUUAGGCCCAGAAGCUUUGGAUGGGCCAAGCACACAGACUGGGGAGAACAUGGAACACAGCCGGACCAAGAACAGGAGGGGGAGCUGAACCACAAACCAACCCUCUCUUCAUGGACAAGUUCUCCAAACCCAUCCCAGUUCUCCGAGAGUUCCACUCUGCGCGGCGUCUGUUUGGCGAGGACAAACCAGCCACAUCUCAGAAAGUGUGCAGGGAUCGUUGUGAGCUUCGUGCUGGACCCAGAGUGGGGUGUUCUGGGGGAAAGCCACACCACUGCCAUCUUGCUAGAAGGAAUAUGGUGCAAAAUUCUAUUAAAGCAGCCAGUCUUAUCCAAGAGCAUGGACCGCUGAUGAGGGGUCAGUGUGGGGAGGGGCUGCUAACCAAUCUCACAUUAUUGGUGUCAGCCAACUACCAAUACACUGCCAGGCAGUUACCGUCGGGCAGAUUCAUUCUUGGUGUAAUUCUACUAAAGCCCAGGGGAGUCUUGUCACAAAUGAAUUUAGCUAGGGAAGCUGCUUUGUACCAGUAUUUGUAUCAGUGUUUGGAUUUUGAGGAGCUGGAUCCUAGAUCCAGAACAACGUCUUCAGUAAUGGACCAGUGAGGAGCUGUCGCUGAGUGUGCUCCAGUAGCCGCCUGUCAGAACAAUCGCAGCCCCAUCAGCCAGAGCGGCGGUAAAUUCAGGGGCACAGAAUGGUGACAGUGGAUCAGGAUCCACCACUUACAGUGUUCUACCCAAAGGCGUGCGGGUCCUAGCCGCAGGUGUCGCCUGCUCCGUGACAGUAUUCCCUCGCCUUGGCUCUGCCAGCGGUCAGUCUGGGAAGUCUAGCACUUGGCGGAUAACUGUGGAGCAUGUUUAACCUGCAAUGUUCAAUCUGCAUUUUGAAAUAAAGAUGAGAGGUCUUUCCUUUGUAA